CAAUGUCAUGUUAAAUGUCAAAUUGUCAUUUUCAUUUGUAAAACCGCUACUGAUAGCGAAAUGUCUGAAUCUACCGGUGAAAUAAAGCCCCGAGCUGUAGUUUUAGGAGGGUGCGGCUUUAUCGGUCGGAAUCUGGUUGAAUACUUAAUAAGCAACGACUUAGUGAGUGAGUUGCGAGUGGUGGACAAAACUCCACCCCAACUGGCCUUCCUCAAUCCGACACAUACAAAAAUCUUCGAGGACCCCCGCGUUGAAUACAAAAGCGCAAAUUUAAUCAAUCCAACAUCAUGCGCGACAGCUCUCAAUACGGAUGGGGAGCCGUGGGAUGUGGUAGUGAACUGCGCGGGGGAGACGCGCAUGGGGCAGACGGAGGCAGUCUACUCGGAGGGCAUCUUCACGCUGAGCUGCAAUGUGGCUCGCCAGUGCGCUAAGAUGAAGGUCGGCAGGCUGGUGGAGAUCUCCAGCGGCCAUAUGUAUAGUAGCGAUAAGCCACAGAAAGAAGAUUGUCCCAUAGAGCCAUGGACGGUAGAGGGUCGUAUGAAGAGCAAGGUGGAACAGGAGCUGCGCAGUCUGGAGCCCGAGCUGAGCUACACGGUGCUGCGCCCCGCCAUCGUGUACGGCAUCGGCGAUAGGAGGAGUUUGACUCCCAGACUACUGAUAGGUGCAAUCUACAAGCACCUCGGACAGACGAUGAAACUGCUGUGGACGGCGGAGCUGAAGAUGAACACGGUGCACGUGGAGGACGUGUGCCGCGCCGCCUGGACCCUGGCCCUCGCUCCGGAGGCGCAGGGCCAGGUCUACCACGUGGUGGACGAGGCCGACAGCUCGCAGGGCAGCCUCGCCAAACUCGUCUCCGAGAUAUUUAAAAUCAAACAUGAUUACUACGGCACGGCGAUAUCCACCCUCGCUAAGACUGACAUAAGCGCGGUAGUAGAGCAAGCCAACGACACUCACUUAAGCGCGUGGGCGGACAUCUGCCGGCGGCACGACAUCCCGCACACGCCGCUGGAGCCCGCAGCCGCCGCCGAGCUGCUGCUCAACAGGCAGCUCUGCCUCGACGGCGCGCGCCUCGCCGCCCUGCUGCGCCCGCGGCACCCCGCGCCCACCGCGCACGCGCUCACACAGGUACUAGAAGACUAUGCUGCAAUGAACCUAUUCCCCAAGGAGUUCCUGCUAUGACGCGCCUCCCCCCCGCGGACGUCCUCCCCCAGGGCGCGCAGUGACCACCCCUGAGACAGCGAGCCGCGCAAACAACACAGAGCUUCAAUGUAAUCGAAAUUAUUAUAAACAAACCAAUAUUUUUCGGCAUAUUCUGUGAUAAUAAGUGAGAAAUCCACUUUUGCUCAAAAUAUUUUUGGAGAAAUUUCCUUACGACAGUAAAAUAAUCUAACCUCAAAAUUUUCGGACAAUAAUAUUCACUAUGCAUUAAACUGGACAUCGACAAAAAAUGUACAAUUUUUUUCCCUUAUCGCCCGAUAUUAAAAUUAAAAAGCUAUCCAGUUUCCAUCCUACCAACAAAAGAGAUUUUAAAGUAUACAAAAAUAUGCAAAAUGUUAAAAAAAAUAUUCCAUUAUAGUACUUAAUUUUUUUUUUA